AUGGCUCCUGGCUUGCCCUUACCACCUGAGCCUGUUAUUACAAGAUGGGGUACAUGGCUCAAUGCUGCCUUGUUUUAUGCAGAUAAUUUCGUAAAAAUCAAAGAAAUUUUUCUUUUGCUUGACGCUGAUUCUAUAGCACUUAGAUCUUGUAGGAAAUCGAUACUAGAGUCAAACAUUUUAGAAGACUUAGCCUUUAUUAAAGUUCAUUUUUUCAUGCUAGCAAAAGUAAUAAUGGAGCUGAAAAAUACCCAGUUAUCAUUAAACGAAUCUUUCAGAAUCAUAGAAAAGGUGAUUGAAGAACUAAGUCUUAUUCCUGAAGAAAUUGGAAACAAAGUUAGGGUUAAAUGA